CGAGAGGACGGUUUCGGAAGGGGUGCAAGAGCUCAGAGAUAAGAUUUUCACCUGUCUGAUGCGUCGUGGAUGUUUCAUCGAAGUUUUGAUAUUGGAUGGCCGGUAGGCGACCGACUACUAAACUGAUUUAGUUCGAUGUUUUUUUCGGGUCGGAUAAGGUGCCGUACCGUUGUAGGUGGUUAGUGGCGAUUUGAUCGUGAAUCGGAGAUUACGCGUUCGAGUUAUUUUAAUGUUAUUAUUCAUUUAGUUUGAGUUCUAAAAAUGUGAAGUAAAUACAUUUCUGCAAGUUGCGUUAGUCGAUUAUCGAUUCUUCAAACAGCACCAGAACAUAAUAGCACUCCACAAAGUUUUUUAUUUAUUUCUUUAAACAAGUAUUCAUCGUGUUUAAGUAUAAAAAUAAUCAAAAUGGUCUUCCAGAAUUAUAGCGUAUUUAGAGCGUUUGCUAUAUUCGCCGGAGUUUUCGGAAUCUUCCAAUCGCUAAUUUGGAUCGCAUUCGCCAUCACUGGAAUCAUUGCCUACUAUUGCGAUCUAGAUCUAAGAGGUCAGACUAACACACUAGGAUCCUUAUUGACUAUGACCUUUUUUCAUCAGUAUUUCGAAGGUACGUGCACAUUGACGGACGUUCCAGUAAUCGAUAUGACGGCAGUCCGGGAACUCAACUUAUUUCCUCCGGGUGAUGUUCACGCCUGGGUGUGGGUUUAUUUGAUACUACAUCUGCUCUGGGCUAUCAGCUCUCUCACAUUGCUUACAAAUGCUCGAAAAAAAUUUGUGCGUUAUAUCAAUAUUUUCCUGUACAUAUGGAUCACAUUUACAAUUGUCAUUAGUAUUCUUGAUCUAGCGUUAGGCAUUCAAUUCGCAGUAGACUACGAUACAAUAGUCCAUGCCUUAUUUCUACGGCCUUACCCUGGUGUCACCCCUGCCGAUCAGACGCUAAUCAUGGCUGUUACCGUUUCCGGUAUUAUGAUGGUGAUGGCAUUCCGCGGUUGGAUCUUUUGGAUUGUAAAUGUGGCCCUUGCCAUCUACAUGUUCACACAAACCAUCGUAAUCUACGACUACAACAAAUUACGGAGAAAGAAUGGCACGGCCAAUGGAGCAUUCGUAGGGGAUGACGGAGGACUACGACGGGCACCGAUCGAAGCAUACGACAUGAGUCAACCUCGCCAGGAAGAGACACGGAAGCAAUACAUCCCGCCGAGUAACUACCGCCGCCCGCUGGAACGAAUUAGCGAACAACCACGGGAUGCCUUUGUUGAGCGACCCGUCCAAACGCAAGAUUGGUCCAAUAAUCAAAGGACGUACACACCACAACCAAGCACCUCAGCGACCAGAACUUUUGAGCCUUUACAAAGACAACCGUCUUUCGAUGAGCCGGAAGAAAUCCGUCCUGAUCCCCCGAAACCCAUUCCACCACCUCCACCGCCGAAAAAUUUCAACACCGUAGUCAGAAGAGAUGCCGCAGCUGCGAAGGUCGCACAGGAGCUAAAUUACCGGAAUAGUUUUAAUGUUGCGAACGGAACACCUGCGAGCGGGCUGCGAACGUUUGCUGCUGCCCCAGUAACCGGAAAUGACGGUGAUCUACCGACGCCCAACUACAGUCCACCGAUGCCGAGAGUGAAUCCAUUCGAAAAUCGUCCGCCUUUGCGAUCCGUGUUACGAAACUCUAGAUACCAGUAACGAACGUGAAACAGUUCGACAACAAAAAAUCUGUAUAAAUGCAACUAACUCGUUUAUAGUAUAGUGAUUAAUAAAUAAAGAGUAAAAC